GUGGGCAGAAAAUGUACCUUUAAAAGGAAAGUGCUCCGAAGACAAAUUUAUAAGGUACGCAGUCUCGCCAUAGAAGUAUAGGGUAUCUGGAUCCUAGGUCUUGACGAAGUGUGCUGGAAGUUCAACAGCUCUGGCAUACAAACACAGCUUCCAUUUCGAUCAAAAGAGCUAUUAAAUUUGAAAAGCAAUGAAAAUUGCACUAGUUGUCGCUGCAUCGUUACUGGUGGUGUAUUUGGUGGAAGCCACCAGUGAGAGAUCAGGGAACGAAGUUCAUUCUGUCCACAAACGGUCUUCUCUCAUGAAAGGUCUUGCUCGAGAAAGAGCAUGCGGCUCCACUACCUGCAAGGUGUCGGGCUGUGAGUCCGGGGGUGGCUGGUGGUUUGUGUCGAAUUCUGCGGGAUGGAACAUCCGGGGCUCUGACCGCGGUUGCUGUGGCAACUACAGUGGCUGCUGCAAGCAUGCUUCUGACGCAUGCUAUGUACACGACUACACGUGUCGCUGUUGUAUACCUAGCGUGUAUUGUGGACCCCAGUGUCAAGAAGAACCAGGCUGUUGACAUAUAUUAUUAUUUGAAACAAGCUCACAUUUACCAGGCAAUUCCCGGUCUUUUAUUAUCUAAAGGCUCCUAGGCAUUGCUGACAUUGGAAACGGUUCCUAUUGAGAUUGUGGUACUGUAGAUUUUUCAUUAUACGGUAUAAACUUUGUGGAAUCUACCUUCUGCAUGGGCUUCUGAAAAUGAAAUGACUACAUGAAUGCAAGAUCGCCGCCAAGAUUGUAAAUGAACUCACGUCAGAUUAACAGUUUCAGCGGUCAUCAUAUAUCAUUAUAUGCAUUACAAUAAUAAAAUAAAACGAAG